CACACACACUCCUCCUCCACCUCCUCUUCCACUUCCUCCACCUGAGAAGACCAACAAACAUGCUCUCCACGGUCGGCCUCCUCACCCUGGUCCUCGCCGCCGCCGCCGCCCCCACCCCUGACCUCCCCAGUGACCAGUACUCAGGCCCCAGUAACCAGGGGUACUCUCAGCCUGUGCCUUACAACUUUGCAUACGGCGUGGAGGAUCAGUACGCUGGGACACAGUUCAGCCAGAGUGAAGAGUCAGAUGGAGAGCAAGUCACUGGUUACUAUCAAGUGGCGCUCCCUGAUGGACGGAUUCAGAAGGUGACCUACAUCGCUGACAACUACGGGGGCUACAGGGCUGAGGUCACAUACACUGGGGAGGCGCAGUACCCCAGGGAAUACGGACCCCCUGUGACUUUUAAACCCCAGCAAAGGUACCAGCAACCCCAGACAGGCUACCAGCAACCCCAGCAAGGAUACGCUUAAGGGAGUCACGAUUGAGUCACGAAUGAGUCACGAUUGAGUCACGAAUGAGUCACGAUGGAGUCACGAUGGAGUUAGGAAUGUUACGAUUGUGUCACGUGGUGUUGGUGGUGUUAGUUACUCAUCACCCACACCUGACACACACCUGUUGUAGGUUAAGGUAGUGUUGUGCUGUGGUGAAUUGGUGUCAAUAUAACUGUUUCUCUCUCUCUCUCUCUCUCUCUCUCUCUCUCUCUCUCUCUCUCUGAAA